AUGCCAGCGACCUCUGCGUCUGCAUAUUCGUCGACGGAAUCCGAUAAAAUGAGCACAGUUGGGAUAAGUAGUCCAAGUAUUCAAGAGACGGAUUUGCAAAUAGCUCUUGAAGAUGUGGACGAAGUCAUUUAUGGUAAGUGGGACAAAGUUAUUCUUUCUGAAAAGAAAGAUAUCCAGAUGCAUUCCAACGACAAGACGGCUCAAAUGGGCACAUCAGUCUAUACUCCACCUCUCAGUGAAGCAGAUAUCGAUAUGACUCUUAUGGCAUUGAUACCAUGA